CCCCACGCGGCUUUCCUCUAGCCGCGCGGGGCCUCGAGGCUCCCCCUGGAGUUAGCCUUACAGAGGACUAACCCCUUUGACAAGAAACACCUGGCAAGGGGAGACGGCCUCAAGGCUCUCCUGGAGGUACCCCUUUGACAAGAAACACCGGACCUUAAAAGAACUAGUCGAGGACAAUCAUCCGACAACACCGAAGCAUCAAUCGUCGGCAUUCCCCAAUUCCAAUUUCGUCCGCCACGAGAAGAAGAAGACGACGACCAAAGCCAAUGGCUGUCGAGCGACCCAAAUUGGCAUUGAAUCCUCCCACAAUCUGUGUCCUCUAUCUCUUCCUAUUCUUGGCCCCAAUCGACGCCCGGAAGCCCCACCACAUCAGCUUCAGAUCCCCCGACCUCUACCCGGAGGCCGCCGUCUGGGACCCCUCCGCCCAGCACUUCAUCGUCGGCUCCCUCCGCAGCCGCUCCAUCCACUCCGUCUCCGACGCCGGCGUCGUCGACACCCUCAUCUCCGACCCCUCCCUCCCACCCAACUCCACCAUCCUUGGCCUCGCCGUCGACAAGCACCGCCGCAGCCUCCUCGCCGCUGUCCACGCCGUCGAUCCGCUCCCCGAAUUCAACGCCCUCGCCGCCUACGACCUCCGAUCCGGCACCCGCCUCUUCCUCGCUCCCCUCCCCGCGUCCGGCUCGCCGGUCAGGGACGUGGCGAACGACGUCACCGUCGACUUCAACGGCAACGCCUACGUCACGAACUCCGCCGCCGACCUCAUAUGGAAGGUCACCGUGGACGGCGAGGCCUCCAUCUUCUCCAGGUCGGCCGCGUUCACAUCGUUCCCGGUUGACCGCGACGCACCGUAUAGCUACUGCGGCAUCAAUGGCAUUGCUUACGUCAGCAGGGGAUUCUUGCUAGUGGUGCAAUCCAACACGGGCAAGAUGUACAAAGUCGACGUUGAUGAUGGGACAGCAAAGACGGUCCUGCUUAACAGGGACCUGCCCUUAGCAGACGGCAUUGCAGUCCGGGGCGACGGGGUCAUCCUCGUGGUGUCCAUGAACAUGCUCUGGUUCGUCAAGAGCGAUGACAACUGGCUAGAAGGGGUGGUGUUCGAUGGGACCCCACUAGAUGCGGAGAGGUUCGCGACCUCCGUGGCAGUGGGAGGGGGGGACAGGGCGUACGUGCUGUACGGAUAUGUGAUGGAGGGCAUCAAGGGGACGAGACCCGAGGGGAGGGAGUGGUUCGAGAUCGAGGAGGUGAGGUCGGAGAAGGAGAGCAAGGAGGAGAAAGUUUGGGUGUACGUGCUGCUGGGAUUUGGGCUGGCUUACUUCCUGUUCUGGAGGUUCCAGAUGAAGCAGCUUGUUCAAAAAAUAAACAAGAAGCAGAACUGAUCACUCUUUCUUCAUUUUUCAUGUACCGCAUAGGAUUUUUAUCUUAGAUUAUUUGAGUUAUUCGGGUUUCUAUUCCUUGCCAAUGAAUUUCCCGUUUCCUAAUUUUGUUUCGAGGAAACUCGAGUCAUCAGAACGAACUUAUUCGACUGAGAGAACUUGAUUCUAAUUUACAGGAAAAAAAAAAUGAUUGCUGCA